AUGAAACGACCAGUUCGAGGAUUUGAAAUGAGUAAGAGAUUUUGGAUUGGACUGUGGAAGGCAGCGCAAUUAGCGCCAAAUUUAGAGACUUUACAUCUAGGAUUGCUUACCGUCGGGUAUUGCGAUUUCGAGGCUUACGGGUUAUUUCAAGCUCUGAGAGAAGGCCUCAAGCUUGGAAGUUUUCAUGCCGAUGGUCAAACGCAUUCAUCCGUCGGUCUAGAACUAUGGUAUUUCUUUUCGAAGGACAAAGAGGCUGUAGAAUUCUCUGAACUUACUGAAACUAAGCUUCAAAUUUAUAAGGACAAAAAGGACAGAAACCCAGGAAAGUCGUGGCUACUAAUGCAGGAAGACGGUCUCGCUGAUGAACUGUCUACCCGACUCUCGGCAUUUUUUCUCAAUAAAGGACGAUUGACCUAG